AUGGUUCGAAGGCAUAAGAUUGAGGUGGCAGCUAUUCUUGAACCUCGAGUAAGUGGUUCAAAAGCAAAACAGAUAAUAAAAAAGCUGGGUUUUAAUAAUUCAAUAGUGGAGGAUGCUCAUGGAUUUACGGGAGGUCUUUGGUUACUAUGGAAUAAUGAUAGGUGUCAGGUUCAAGCAUUAAAACAGACCCAUCAAUUUAUUCAUGUUCGUGUUACAUUGGCAGAUCAUCAAGCUUUUCUUUAUACUGUUAUCUAUGCAAGUCCUAGAGAAGAAAUUCGGAAGAGACUUUGGGAUGAUUUACUUCAGUUAUCAGAAGAUAUCUCGGUUCCUUGGUUAAUUGCAGGUGAUUUUAAUGAAAUUGCCUUUCCAAGUGAGAAACGUGGUGGUGCUCCAGUUGAUACUAGCAGAUGUAAUAAAUUUGCUUCUCUUCUAACUGAUAUAAAGAUGAUUGAUCUUGAAGGAAUAGGUUCUAAAUUUACAUGGCGAGGACCAAGAUUUCUUCAUUUAGAUAGAGUCUUUAAACGUUUAGAUCGAGCUUGUAGCAAUGCUGAAUGGAGGUUGAUGUUUCAUGAAGGCCAG